CAACUGCGAUGCAGCUCGCUCCCGACGACGGCGACGAUCGGCUUGACGUCUACCCUACCAAGCUCGCAUUGGCGCCGAGCCUCUUACUUCCAGCCGCCUCAGCGGCCGCGCAGCUCACGUGGACGCUGCUGCUGCACCACGCGGUGCGCACGUCGGCCGACCUCGCGACGGCCUUUGGCCUGCUACCGCUGCUCUUUGUCGCCGGCGGGCUCCUCGCCUAUGCGCGCCAGGCGCCGACCGGUGCGCGCCACACGCCACAUGCGAUCGGACAAGGCGUCGUGCUCUGCGUCCUCUUCUUACUGCGCAUGCACAUGCUGCACUACUGUGGCGUGGCGUUCACGUCGCUGGUCGAGACGGCGCACCUCGCGCUCUCGCCCACGGACCUCUCACGCCAUGGCACACGAAAGGCGGGCGUCGCGAUUGUCGGGGGCUACACACUCGCGCUUGCCUUCUCGUCCGCGUCGACGCACCCGCCCUCGCUGCUCUUCCACCUCGCGCUCUGCCUCGCGUCGGUGCUUCUCCAGCAUGCAUAUGCGCACUGGAACGUGUCGUCCAGUUCAUCUCGUGGUCAUGGCGUUGUCUUUGGUGCAGCUGCAAUCACGGCAGCGCUGUCGACGCGGCUCUUUGGCGCCUACUUUGUCACGCCGUCGGUCUUGCCGCGCGCCGAGUCGGCCGCGCUCUCGCCGUCGACGAUUGCGCUGCUGCUAGUGCUUGUAAGUGUCCUUGCGCUACCGCCGCUGGUCCCGCAUCUCGUAUACGACACGCCUCUCUCGGUGCACUCGAAGCACAAUGCGAUGGCACGCCUCGUGCUCCAGGUGCCGUUAACGCUCGGGUCGUUGGUCGCGCUGCCCAUCUCGCUGCACGCCGUCAUCCACGCCAUGCUGUCGCUCAGUGCGCUAGUUCCAAUCCUCUGGGGACUCUACCUCGCGGCGCCGUGGCGGUUGCCGUCACUGCCGACUGUCGGAAGUCCCGCCGCACGCACCAUUUUUCUCUUUCUAGCAGGCAACAUGGUCUACAUGGUCGUCGAGUUUGUCGUCGGGUACUCCACCAACUCGCUUGGGCUCUGGAGUGACGCGGGCCACAUGCUCUUUGACAAUAUCUCGCUUGUGAUUGGCCUCUGUGCGGCGACAGCGUCGAGCUGGCCGGCCAAUGGCCGCUUUGGCUUUGGCUAUGGCCGCGUCGAGGUGCUCUCGGGCUUUGUGAAUAGCAUUUUGCUGCUGCUGAUGGCUGGGCACUUUAUGGCAGAGGCGAUUGCGCGCUUGACAUCGCCGCCAGAGGUGCACACGGAGCACUUGCUCGUGACGUCGAUCGGUGGUCUGGCCAUGAACGUUGUCGGGCUCGUAUGGUUCCACGACCUCGCGCACGGUCACAGCCACAGCGACGGCGCCUCGUGCAGCAACUCGAACCUCGUCGGCGUCUAUUUGCAUGUACUUGCCGACACGCUCGGCAGCGUCGGCGUCAUUGUCUCGUCUCUCUGCAUUGACGCCUUCGGCUGGCUCUAUAUGGACCCGCUCUGCUCGGGCCUCAUCUCGGUACUGGUCGUCGGCAGCACGCUCCCGCUCCUCAAGGCGACCGCGAUUGAACUCCUCCAGGGCAUCCCGGCCGAGACGGCAGGCCAGCUGGCGCGCGCGACGCGGGAUGUUGAGACGCUGCCGGGUGUUGCGUGGGUUGAGCCAGCUCGCGCUUGGCGCCACGGACCCAAGGGCUUUGUGCUCACGAUGCAAGUGGGCGUCGUCGACCACGUCGACCACGGGCUGCUGCUAGAGGCCGUGCACGCCGCGCUUGUCAAUGGCGUCUCGGACGUGGCCGAGGCGACCGUGCAACUGGUGUCGCACCGCGGCCUGCCAGUGCCAACACCACGAACCGAAGGGUGCUGCCACGACCAUGAUCAUGACCAUGAGCAUGAUCAUGACCAUGAUCAUGGUCACCACUAGAUACGUAGAUUGGACCCUAGAUAAUAUUUUUUCUUAAUUUAUGUGGCUAAACAGCGCAACGUUGGACGCUACAGUCUACCUGGCUGC